UAUAAAUCAUAGCCAACUGGUGUUAAAGACCUAAUUAGACUUGGUUGACUGUAGGUGGAGAUUCACACACGUUUACUUGUAGUUCAUCUUGUGUUCCAUGGCCAGACUGGUGGUGUUUAUUCGAAAAACAUGCAUCAUCAACUGUCUACCCCACUGCAUAUAAAUCAUGGACUUAGUAAAGCAGCUAUAAAUUCCAAUAUUAAUAAUACUAAUAAUACUAGUAGUAAUAUUAAUAUUGUUGGUAGUAAUAAUCAACGGAAUUUGAAAAAUCAUCCAUAUCGUCAUGAAUCAGCAGCUCAUCAACAUCAUAGUCUGUUAUAUCUGUCGAAUCCAUUUUCAACAUCUUCAUCAUUAUUCCCCUUUACAUCAUUAAGAGAUAUCUUAUCAUUAAUUUUCAUUUUAUUAACUUUACCACAAACAAUUUCUUUAUUCUUAAUAAUAAUUUAUAUUAUAUUAGGUCCAAGUUUUGUAGGUGGUAAAUUUGUUAUGGAAUUUUUCUUAGAUCAAGAUCAUCAUCAACCAUUAAUAAUAAAUUUUAAACAAUUAUCAAUAACAUUUUCCAAAAUAUUAGGAGUAAAUUCAAUUAUAUUUCUUAGUUUAAAUUUAAUAAUUCAUAAAAAGAGUUAUUUUAAUUAUUUAGUGAUAUUAUCAAAAUCUAUAAUUUCAAGUGAUUUAAUUGGAUCAUCAUCAAUUAAUUAUAUAAAUUCUAUAAGUCAAAAGAGAAUUACUACAAAAAUUCAAUAUGAUGAUAAUAAAAAAAUUUUAAAUAGUCAUCUUAUAAAUUCCAUCAUAUGUUUUUUAAUUAUAAAUUAUAUAAAUUAUGUUUUAAAUUGGUUAAAUUUAUCAUUCAAAUUUAUUAAAUUUUAUAAUACUAAUAUUGGUUAUAUAAAUAAUUUAACCUUUCAUUAUUUAACUAGCAAACUUUAUCUUAUACUAUGCAUUCAUAUAAUUAAUUCAACUUUAUUUAAAAAAUCAACUAUUUUACAAAGUUCAAUCCCUAAUAUUACUGAUAAUGAAUCUUCUUCAUCAUCUACUAAUAAAAAUCAUUUAACUCCAAAAAUAGUUCAAAUCGAUGUUAAUAUACCUCCUAUAUCUAAUAUUCAACCUUCAUCAAAUUCUGUUGCCAUUAAAAAUUUCGAAAAUUUUAUUAUAUCACCUUUCAAUAGUAAAUUAACUAUCCUAAAGAAUAGAUUGAGAAGUAAUAGUCUUAAAAUUAAUUCUUUACCUUCGAUUUAUUCAAAAUCAGUUCCGGUAGUAAAUGUUCAUAAUAAUAUGAAUAAUAAUUCUAAUACUAAUGGAAUAAUUCAUCUUAAUAAUUCCCAUUCCAAUUCUCAUUCUAAUUCUAAUAUUACUUUACCUUCAACAUCAUCAACUACCACAACUUCAAGUACUACAGCUACUUCAACUUCUUUAACAACUACCACUAUUAGUAAUAAUAUAACUACCAUUGAAAAUACCGUUAUUAUUCAACCCUUUUGGUCAAUUCUAGCUGCUAGUAAAGCUAUCUUAAGAAAUCCAAAAUUAUUUAAUGGUGAAAUUACAAGAAGUAAAAAUAAUGUUUCUGAAUUAACUAAUCAUAAAUCAUCUAAAGGACAAAAUCUUAUAAUGUCUACUAUUCUUAUUGAUAAUUCCAAAGUAAUAUUUUCUGUUUUAAAGAAUGAUUUAUUUAAUAUUGAAGAUUUAACAGUAAUGAUUAAUAAUGUUUCUUGGUCUUAUUAUAAAUUCAUUGAGGAAGAGAAAGAGAAAGAGAAAGAGAAUGAUAAACAAGUGUAUUUAAUUAUUCAUGGAUUAUCAUCUAAUUUCCAAUAUGAAAUUGAUAUAGUAAAUAAAGAUAAUGAAAUUAUAGAACAUUUUUUAAUUAAUACUGAAAGUAUAAACAGUGAUAGUGAGGAUGAUGAAAGAUCAAUUUUACAUGAUUCAUCAUCAUCAUCAGCUUCAUCAUUAACAACUUUACAAAUAUCUUUAAUUUCCACUUUAAAAAGUUUGAAUAGUUUAAAAUCAAAGUAUAAAAAACAGAAAAAGGAUGAUCAUAAACGAAUACUUGAAAUGAAAAAUAAUAUUGAAAAUUUGAAAAAUAAAAUGUCAAAAUAUAAUAAAAGUAAUGGAAAUAAUGAAAAUAGAUUAUUUGGAAAAUUAAAGGGUUUAAAGCAUUCAGUAAUGCAACUUGAAAUGGAUAUUGAACAUUUAAAUUCAUCAAUUCUGAAUUUAAUUACAGAAGAAACUGGUAUUAAGAAUCAUUUCAGACGUCAAGAACGAGAUUAUUUAAAACAAAUUAAGGAAUUAGAAAAGAUUUAUGAUGAAUAUUGUGAAAGAAUAAAAAUUGAAAAGACAAAAUUAAAGGCAUCAAGUACAGAAUUACAAAAUAUGAAUGGUAAGAAACAAAAAUUAAUUAAUAAACAACAACUAAGAGUUGAAGAGAUUAAGACUUUAAAUAAUGAUUUAAAGAAUAUUAGAAGAAAUGAAAUCUUAAAUAAAUUAGGGAAAAGGAUUAAGAAAACUAAUGAUAAGUUUGAUACUAUUCUCCCUCGAGUUUUAUCAGAAACUCAAGCUUUACGAGAAGAAUGUAAUCAAGUAUUGAAUGGAUAGUGGAUAGUGGAUAAUAAUUAUUAUUAAUAAUUUUUAUAGUUCCU